CAAAUUGCUCCUGCAUCUCAGAAACUCGAUCAGGAAGACAGAGAAAUAUUCCUCUCUCACAUCCUGAAAAAAAAAUGAAGAAAACAAGCAGUGACUCAUCCUCAAAAGUGGAUCGCAAAACCAUAGAAAGGAAUCGCAGAAUUCACAUGAAAGCGCUUUGCUUCAAGCUCGCUUCCCUUAUUCCUCCCCACUACUUAAAACACACCAAGGACAUGAUAUCGCAGCAAGACCAGCUGGACAUAGCAGCGAGCUACAUAAAGAAUCUGAGGGAGAAACUGGAGAAGCUGAAGGGGAAGAAGGAGGAAGCCAUGAAAUUAAAGGAAACAAACCGUAACCAGGGAAUGGAGAACAUGUUCAUGGCUUCCAAUCUGCCACUGCUUGAGCUCAGAGACUUAGGUUCCAGCAUAGAAGUGAUGCUGAUCAGUGGGCUGAACCGAAACUUCAUGCUAUAUGAAGUAAUCAGCGUCCUUGAAGAAGAAGGAGCAGAAGUUGUGAGUGCAAGCUUUUCUACUGUGGGUGAUAAGAUAUUCCACACGGUUCAUGCCCAGGUGAAAAUUUCAAGAGUUGGUGUGGAAACCACAAGAGUGUAUCAGAGGCUUCAUGAUUUAAUCGCCCCACUUAAAAGCUGGGAAUAUUUUGAAGAACCAUGCUCCGUGCAGCACCAGAUCUUUUAUUAAUUGAUUGCACAACCGUUAGGGCAUUGAAUUUAAACUUAGGUUACUUUAAUUUGUAGCUACGCAGCACAUAUAAUAUAUGUGUGUGUGUGUGUGUGUUUGCAUGUAGUCACUUCAUCAGGAGUCUAUGCAGACUAUAUGCAGUGAUAUGAAUGUAUACAUAUGUCUGUGUGUAAAGUAACUCCAGAAAAAGAGAGGGGAAUUAAUGGAGAACCCUUAUUAGUUUAGUGGCUGUGUUUGGUUUGACUAUUGCAGCAAAUUAAGAAACUAUGGGACACAAAUUUGUUU